AUGGAAAACCGAACCUUUGACAAGUUUGUGCAGCUUUUAGGGGAUUAUCUCGAAAAUACACACUUGGACAUGGUGGAGGAGGGUGCAGCAAAAAGAGUGCGGCUGCGCGCCGCACCGCGCCGGCUCCUGCUGCCGCUGCUGCUGCCGCUGCUGCUGCCCGCGCCGAGCGACGGUCUUGGCCACUCUGCCGAACUGGCAUUUGCUAUGGAGCCAAGUGAUGAUGUCGCAGUCCCUGGGCAGCCUAUAGUGCUGGGCUGCAGGGUGGAGGGGACCCCUCCAGUGAGAAUCACCUGGAGGAAAAAUGGGGUGGAACUGCUGGAGAGCACCCACUCCACCUUGCUGGCCAAUGGGUCCCUUAUGAUCCAUCACUUCCGGCUGGAUCGGGGAGGCAGUCCCUCCGAUGAGGGAGACUAUGAGUGCGUGGCUCAGAACCGCUUUGGGCUGGUGGUCAGCCGGAAGGCUCGAAUCCAGGCUGCAACCAUGUCGGACUUCCACGUGCAUCCCCAGGCCACUGUGGGAGAGAAGGGCGGUGUGGCCCGCUUCCAGUGCCAAAUCCAUGGGCUUCCCAAACCCCUGAUCACGUGGGAGAAGAACAGAGUCCCCAUUGACACGGACAACGAGAGGUACACGCUGCUGCCCAAAGGGGUCCUGCAGAUCACAGGACUUCGGGCUGAGGACAGUGGCAUCUUCCACUGCGUGGCCUCGAACGUCGCCAGUGUCCGGGUCAGCCACGGGGCCAGGCUCACCGUGUCAGGCUCGGGCUCAGGGGCCUACAAGGAGCCAAUGAUUCUCGUGGGGCCUGAGAACCUCACCCUGACGGUGCACCAGACUGCUGUGCUUGAGUGUGUCGCCACGGGCAACCCGCAGCCCAUUGUGUCCUGGAGCCGCCUGGAUGGCCGCCCCAUUGGGGUGGAGGGCAUCCAGGUGCUGGGCACCGGAAAUCUCAUCAUCUCAGACGUGACGGUCCAGCACUCCGGCGUCUAUGUCUGCGCGGCCAAUAAGCCGGGCACCCGGGUGAGGAGAACAGCACAGGGCCGGCUGGUGGUGCAAGCCCCAGCUGAGUUUGUCCAGCACCCCCAGUCCAUCUCCAGGCCAGCAGGGACCACAGCCAUGUUCACCUGCCAAGCCCAGGGUGAGCCGCCCCCUCAUGUCACAUGGUUGAAGAACGGACAGGUGCUGGGGCCAGGAGGCCACGUCAGGCUCAGGAAUAACAACAGCACCCUGACAAUUUCUGGAAUCGGCCCUGAGGACGAGGCCAUCUACCAGUGUGUGGCCGAGAACAGUGCCGGCUCCUCCCAGGCCAGCGCCAGGCUGACCGUGCUAUGGGCUGAGGGGCUGCCUGGGCCCCCUCUCAAUGUGCAGGCGGUCUCUGUGUCGUCCACUGAGGUCCGCGUGUCCUGGGACGAACCCCUGGUCAACACCAAGGAGAUUAUUGGCUAUGUCCUGCACAUCAGGAAGGCUGCUGACCCUCCGGAGCUGGAGUACCAGGAGGCGGUCAGCAAGAGCACCUUUCAGCACCUGGUGGGCGACCUUGAACCCUCCACGGCCUACAGCUUCUACGUCAAGGCCUACACCCCGAGGGGGGCCAGCUCAGCCUCUGCCCCUGUGCUGACCAGCACCCUGGGCGAAGCCCCCGCCCCGCCCCCGUUGUCGGUGCGGGUCCUGGGCAGCUCCUCCCUGCAGCUGCGCUGGGAGCCCUGGCCCCGGCUGGCCCAGCACGAAGGCGGCUUCAAGCUGUUCUACCGCCCAGCCAACAGGGUCUCCUUCACUGGCCCCAUCCUGCUGCCCGCCACUGUCUCCUCCUACAACCUCAGCCAGCUCGAGCCCACAGCAGUGUACGAGGUGAAACUGCUCGCCUACAACCAGCACGGGGAGGGCAAUGCCACGGUUCGCUUCGUGACUUUGAGGGGAGCAUCGGAGAGGACAGCCCUGAGCCCACCGUGUGACUGCCGGAAGGAGGAGCCCGCCAACCAGACGUCCACCACAGGCAUUGUCAUUGGCAUCCACAUCGGGGUCACCUGCAUCAUCUUCUGCAUCCUCUUCCUCCUGUUCGGCCAAAGGGGCAGGGUCCUCUUGUGUAAGGAUGUAGAAAACCAGCUCUCCCCUCCUCAGGGCCCCCGGAGCCCAAGGGAUCCUAGCAUCCUGGCACUGAAUGGGGCAGGACGGGGAGAGCAGGGCCGAGAUAAGCAGCGUGUGGAAAUGAAAGAACUGGAACAGCUGUUCCCCCCAGCUGGGGCAGUGGGGCGGCCAGACCCCAGACCCAUGCAGGAUCCGGGGGACCCUGCCCUGUGUGAGGAGACCCAGUUCUCCAUGCUGCCGCUCGAGGGAUUCAGCCUCCUGGAGGAGAUGAUGUCAGAAGCCAAGGCCCCCAGUGCAGGCCCUGUGGCCGCCCUGCCACCCCAGGACGUAGGCCCUGGCCUCCUCAGCAAAGGACAGGCUACCCGGCCUCCCACGGCACCAGCUGCCCAGCCAGCUCGCUUGGGACAGUAGCCAGUGUCUGGCAGGCUCCGGAGGGGGGCAAACCCCCCAUUCUCAGGUCAAAGGCAAGAUUUCUCCUGUCAUGUGGGACUUGGAUGGGGGUUUCCCAGCAUUUCUGUCCUGACUGACCCUCAGGUGGUCAAGACCUAAAGUAGCCUCAGCAGGGACCCCCCCUAGGACCUGGAGGGGUUCCUGCAGGAGACUCUCCCUUGGACUGAUGCCCCCCUCACCUCUGCCUGGUAUCCACAUGACUUGGAACUGAACUAAUGUUUUCCUUUAAAAAAAAAAAAAAAAAGAGGAAGGUGAAUUAGACUCCAAAAAUACGCCCCUGCCGUGGCUGGGCCCCUGACACUGUCACCCUCCACCAACCUUGUUUUCUCAGGAUGGAUUUUUGCUAUUUGGCUCUCGGUACCUACCUCAGCCGCAAUGAAUGUUCUUGGGGGAGUUGGGCCGUGGCCUCAGCACCCCCACCCCACAGAGCCCCAAAUGCACUCCUACCUCAAGCCCCUGUAGGGGCACCCUCUCUCCCUCCCCAUAUUAUUGUCCAGAGUUAAAAAAAAAAAGGAAAAAAAAAAAAGG